AAAACCCACCAUCUACCACCUGCAGCCAUGGAAGGGGGUGUGCAGCUCCUCAACCGUGAUGGCCACAGCAUCUCCCACAACUCCAAGCGACACUAUCACGAUGCCUUCGUGUGCAUGAACCGCAUGCGUCAGCGUGGGCUGCUCUGCGACAUCGUGCUCCAUGUGGGCACCAAGGAGAUCAAGGCCCACAAGGUGGUGCUGGCGUCGUGCAGCCCGUACUUCCACGCCAUGUUCACAAAUGAGAUGAGUGAGAGUCGCCAGACACACGUGACACUGCAUGACAUUGACCCACAGGCCCUGGAGCAGCUGGUGCAAUAUGCCUACACGGCUGAGAUUGUGGUGGGCGAGGGGAACGUGCAGACACUUCUUCCUGCUGCCAGCCUGCUUCAGCUCAAUGGUGUGCGGGAUGCUUGCUGCAAGUUCCUACUCAGCCAGCUCGACCCAUCCAACUGCCUGGGGAUCCGGGGUUUUGCUGACACACAUUCCUGCAGUGACCUCCUCAAGUCUGCGCACAAGUAUGUCCUCCAACACUUCGUGGAGGUGUCCAAGACAGAGGAGUUCAUGUUGUUGCCUCUUAAACAGGUGCUGGACCUCAUUUCUAGUGACAGCCUCAAUGUGCCAUCAGAGGAGGAGGUGUACCGGGCUGUGCUCAGCUGGGUCAAACAUGAUGUGGACAGCAGAAGACAGCACGUCCCCAGGCUUAUGAAGUGCGUGCGGUUGCCUUUGCUGAGCCGGGACUUCCUCAUGAGCAACGUGGACACAGAGCUGUUGGUGCGGCAUCACUCGGAGUGCAAGGACCUGCUGAUCGAAGCCCUCAAGUACCACCUGAUGCCAGAGCAGAGAGGGGUCCUCAGCAACAGCAGGACGAGGCCACGGCGCUGUGAGGGGGCCAGCACCGUGCUCUUUGCUGUCGGUGGAGGGAGCUUGUUCGCCAUCCACGGGGACUGCGAAGCCUAUGACACACGGACGGACCGGUGGCACAUGGUGGCCUCCAUGUCGACUCGCAGGGCCCGCGUGGGCGUUGCUGCCAUUGGGAACAAGCUGUACGCUGUGGGCGGCUAUGAUGGGACCUCUGACUUGGCCACAGUGGAGUCCUAUGAUCCUGUCACCAAUUCCUGGCAACCUGAGGUGUCCAUGGGCACCAGGAGGAGCUGCCUGGGUGUAGCAGCGCUUCAUGGGCUUCUCUAUGCUGCUGGGGGGUACGAUGGGGCCUCGUGCCUGAACAGCGCAGAGCGGUACGACCCUCUGACAGGCACCUGGACGUCCAUCGCUGCCAUGAGCACCAGGAGACGCUACGUCCGGGUGGCAACACUAGAAGGCAACCUCUAUGCUGUUGGGGGAUAUGACAGCUCAUCCCACUUGGCCACGGUAGAAAAGUAUGAGCCUCAGAUCAACACCUGGACACCCAUUGCCAAUAUGCUCAGCCGCCGGAGCAGCGCCGGCGUGGCCGUGCUGGAGGGGAUGCUCUAUGUGGCUGGUGGCAACGAUGGAACCAGCUGCCUUAACUCAGUUGAGCGUUACAACCCCAAAACCAACACGUGGGAGAGCGUGGCACCCAUGAACAUCCGUAGGAGCACCCACGACCUGGUGGCCAUGGAUGGGUGGCUGUACGCAGUGGGUGGCAACGAUGGGAGCUCCAGCCUCAACUCCAUCGAGAAGUACAACCCUCGUACCAACAAGUGGGUAGCAGCCUCGUGCAUGUUCACACGCCGGAGCAGCGUGGGGGUGGCUGUACUGGAACUUCUCAACUUCCCACCCCCCUCCUCGCCCACCCUGUCGGUGUCUUCAACGAGUCUUUGA